AGCUAGACUCCUUCUUUUGCAAGAUGCUCGACGGUUAACAGUCCUACACGAGAAGAUUUUAUAUGUCUCUCAGAAGUUCCCACCAUGAGUUCAAGGAUUUUCAGAGAUAAUGCGGGAAGGGAUUUCCACACGUUCACAGACUUGAUGAAGCAGCUGGACUCCAAUGGCCAGUUGGUUUUUAUUUCAGUUGAGAGGCCUGCUUUAUUGCACCUCUUCUAUUGUAUUCACAAUGGGACACCUUCUCAUUUCCUACCAAAUCCAAUGCAUUUCAGUGCCAGCACAGAGUCCAGAAUCAGUUGGACUAUUGCACCAGUACUCUGUAGUCAACAAUCUCUUUCAGUUGGCUUCUCUUAUCAUCACAGGUCUAUUUUUUCGGCUUUUGAAGCUGAAAGUUCUUAUCUUCACAUGGAAACAAUCUCGGUUUUCUUGGGUUUUUUGUUCUUAUCUUUCCAGGCUAGUUACUUUGACUUAUCAACUUCAGAGGGCUCUCAAUGUACUGGAUUAUCCUUAUCUGCAAAGGUUUUCUUUGGCAACAGUUCAUUAAAUUUAUUUUUUCUCUUUAUUUCAAAAUUACAUUAUGAGUUGCAUUCAUUUUAUUUUAUUUUAAUUUCACUCAUAAUGUAAUUAGACAUAUUUCGAGGU